AUGGAUUCAUCUUACGACGAGCCUGAUGCUGUGUCGGUUGCCGGCUCAGUUGCUGGCUCAGCCAUUGGCUCAGCUGGCUCCGUCUUGGACGCUGAUGUUGCUUCUGUUCAUGGUUCCGCCGCUGAAGAGGCGCCUGCCGGCGUUCUUUCUGGUGUCGGUCCCAACCCUGAGGCUGCUCAAAAGGUCGCUCGUGACAAGGGCUGGACUGAUCCAGUUCCUUUCGAGUAUGCCGAGCUUGCUAACAGCAAGGAUCAUCGUGACUGGGCUGGAGUUGCUGCCCGUUACGAAUGGCAGGAUGACUACGGCGAUGUCGGCCCAGCCGUCCCUGAAUUGGAGGACCAGCUUUUCCAUGGCGAGCUGAUUACUCGAGCUGGCGCCAAGCUCGACGAGUUGAACAGAUACAAGGUCAACAUUGAAAGUCCUAACGAGAUCAAGGCAGUUACCGAGUGGGCAAACUUUGGCUUGCAUCCGGUCAUGCUCGACAACAUUCGUCUCUGCGGCUAUGACCAACCUACUGCAGUGCAGUCUUAUGCAAUCCCGGCUGUUCUAGCCAAUCUUGAUCUUAUUGCAGUCGCUCAAACUGGCUCUGGAAAGACGGGGGCCUUCCUCAUUCCGAUUAUUUCCAAGUUGAUGGGCAAGGCGAGAAAGCUGGCUGCUCCUCGUCCUAACACGACGGCGAACUUUAGCCUCCGGGAGGAUGCUGUUCGAGCAGAGCCGCUGGUUCUGAUCGUCUGCCCCACUCGAGAGUUGGCAACUCAGAUAUUUGAUGAAGCGCGUCGUUUGUGCUAUCGCUCCAUGCUGCGUCCGUGUGUCGUUUAUGGCGGUGCCCCUACUCGUGUCCAGCGUGAGGAGCUUCAGAAAGGAUGCGACAUUCUGAUUGCCACUCCCGGCCGUCUUCUCGAUUUCAUGGCACAGACUCAUGUUCUUUCUCUGCGCCGCGUUAGAUACACCGUCAUUGACGAGGCGGAUGAGAUGCUCGAAUCCGACUGGGAGGACGAGUUCAAGAAGAUCAUGUCUGGAGGAGAUAUCAACGAGGAUGAUGAUCACCGCUACUUGAUGUUCUCCGCUACCUUCAACAAGGACUUCCGGAAACUUGCAAAGCAAUACCUUAGCCAGGACCAUGUGCGCCUUCGCGUUGGCCGAGCCGGCAGUUCGCACCACAAUGUUGUGCAGGAUAUCGUCUGGGUUGACAAGGACAAGAAGAUGCGCGCCGUCUAUGACCUUCUGAUCAGCAUGCCUCCUGUUCGCACCUUGAUUUUUGUCAACAGCAAGGAUCAGGUUGACUUUGUCGAUGAUUACCUUUACAACUCUGGAAUGCCCACCACCUCGAUUCAUGGUGGACGGACUCAGCGUGAGCGUGAGGAUGCGAUGCGUGCCUUCCGAUCUGCGAAGUGUCCCGUCAUGAUCGCUACUGGCGUCUCUGCUCGUGGACUCGAUGUGAUCAACGUGCUCCACGUCGUGAACUACGAUCUCCCCAGCGCGGCGCACGGAGGUAUCACUGAAUACAUUCACCGUAUUGGUCGUACUGCUCGCAUUGGAAACGAAGGCAUCGCCACCUCUUUCUACAAUGAACGCGAUGAGGAUAUUGCUGAGGAUCUUGUGAAGAUCCUGGUCGAAUGCAAUCAAGUCGUCCCGGAGUUCCUCGAAUCAUACCGCCCUCAGGACGAUGUUCUGGAGUUUGACGAUGACUCUGAUAAGGAAUUCUUUGAAGACGGAUCUAACGCUGGUUCUGACGCUGAUGGUGAAGCUGAAUCGAACACUGACGCUGAAUCCAACGCUGAUGCUGAAUCCAAUGCUGACGCUGAUGCUGAAGCUGAGGAAGAAACUUCUUUCGCUGAACCUGACGAGGUUGAGGAGAGUGCUAACGGGGCUGCAAGCGAUGCUGAAGAGGCCAAUAACGAGCCUGUCAAUGAUGACGAUUUUGUUUACAACGACGAUCCCGCUUUUACCGAACCCGCUAUUGCCAAGCCCACUGUUGCCAAAGGCACUGCUGCCAAGCACACCGUCCCCAAGCCCACUGUUAAGUCCGAGGAAGAGGAGGCUUCUGCCUUGAACCUUCCCGUUCGCGAACACAAGAAGCAGGAUGAGAAAGCCAAGCGCAAGGACAAGGCUGGUCUGGCCGGUUCUCACUGGGCCCCCAAGGCCCCUGCUCCCAAGGAAGAUGACGAAUUCUGGGCCUAG